ACACUUCAUCAGAAGAAUCUUAGCAAACAUUGUCUGACACCAUGGCUCACAUCUCAAACUUCAUUCGUCUCUUCGUCCUUGGGGCAGUACUGACCGUGUCGAUGGGACAGUUUAACCUGGCUGGCUUCGGUCAGGGAGGGAGACCCAACUUGGGAGGAAAUCCUUUCUUUGUCGCGCGGGGAGGACCCGGGCUGGGAAGACCCGGGCUGGGAAGACCCGGUCUAGCAGGACUUGGAGGCUUUGGAGGACUUGGGGUAGGAGGCCAGCCUAGAUUUGGAGGAGGAGGUUUCGGUGCAGCAUUGGGAGGCCAAGGCUUUGGAGGACAGCAAGGGCUCGGAGGCUUUUCCGCCUUAGCCGGAGGCUUCCAGCCUCAACCCCAAACAACCACGCCUCCACCGACAACCACGCCCCAGGAUCAGAAGAAGCUGGUGGACAUGCUGGUGAAGGUCAUCAGCAAGAACCACGCGAUGCACAUGAAGCAGGACAAGACGGGUGCCGAUGAUGAAGGAUCCGCAGAUGGAUCUAAAGAGGCUGAGAAGCCUGCCAAGGUUCAAGCUAUCGUGGAUGCAGCGGCACAGUUUAACGCUAUCCAUUAAAUGGAAGCAAGACAUGAGUCCUGAACCUCCCGGUAUUUGCCAGGGGAUUUGGUUCAUCCCGCUGCAUGGUUCACCUUCAAUGUAAAUGCUGUUCUUGCGCUAAGGCUAUUAUUCUCACCAUCUUAAAUUUCUUCAUGUUUUCCUAAAACAAUAACCAGCUACUUAAAGCUGAUUUUUUAUCUUGAAGUAUUUGUCCCUACAUAAAAAAAUAUAUAUAUCAAAAACACUAAUUCUUCCUAAUUUUGACACUACAUACUUUUCCUUGUCAAUCGUCUAAUUUUCUUUUAUAUUGAAAAAAGUUUUCAUUUUUAUUAAACCUUCAGGAAAGUGAAGGAAAGGAAGAAACAUGCUGACGGAAAUAAAUACCUAUUGGAGCACAAAUAGUAUUCAAUGUCUAGCGCGUAUAUUGAACAUAAAGGUAGCUUUGCAUUUAUUACUUAUACACAUAUGCAUAUUUAUAUAUUUUGUAUAUCACGUGAUCAUCAGAUUCAUCACUAUAUACCAUAGACCAAAAGGAAUAUUUGAAACCCGUCACACCCAUUGUGACGUCACGGGACACAUGUGCAAUACAAUAGAAUCGACAACAUGAUGAACUAUUUUUCACAAUUUUCGUCAAAUGCAUCUUGUGGGAUUCUUAUCAAUACAUAUUCAAGCCUGUCAAUUAAUGUUCCAUUUGUAUGGUAUGCUAUCUAGAAUAUACUUUAUUUAAAUACUCAUACUGAUCAACAUGAAUCGCCAUACAUGACAUAUAUUUCUUCAUUAUACCGUUCUAUAUCAUGAUACUGUAUGUUACUUGACAUUUCUUUUACCUCUUCGGUCUAUGUUCAUUGUUUCACCUUGUAACAUAUCCUCAUCGUCAUGUAUCAUAACAACGACACCGUGCGUGUCUGCUGUGAAUAAAUCAUGUAUUGUA